AUGAGUUGUCAAAUCUCGUAUAAAUCGAGAGGAAGCGGUGGUUGUAGAGGUGGAAGUGGAUCUCGGAGCUUCAGCAGCAGCUCUGCCGUGAUCGGUGGUGGAAGCCGGCGAUCUGGCUCUAGCUUCUCCUGCUUGAGCCGCCAUGGAGGUGGCGGUGGUGGCGGUGGCUGUGGCGGUGGCUUUGGCAGUCGGAGUGUCGUUGGCCUGGGAGGCUCCAAGAGCAUCUCCAUGAGUGUAGCUGGAGGAGGUGGCAUGAGCUCCUGUGGUGGAUUUGGUGGCAGAGGAGGUGGCUUCGGAGGUGGCUUCGGAGGUGGCAGCAGCUUCGGCGGUGGCAGCGGCUUCGGAGGUGGAGGUUUCGGUGGAGGAGGCUUUGGUGGAAGCCGCUUUGGAGGCGGCGGUGGCUUUGGAGGCUUUGGAGGUCCUGGUGGUGCUGGCCCUGGAGGAUUCCCUGGUGGAGGUAUCCAUGAAGUGUCUGUCAACCAGAGCCUCCUGCAACCACUUGAUGUGAAAGUUGACCCAGAGAUUCAGAAUGUGAAGUCUCAGGAGCGGGAGCAGAUCAAAGCUCUCAACAACAAAUUUGCCUGCUUCAUCGACAAAGUACGCUUCCUGGAACAGCAGAACCAAGUGCUGCAGACCAAAUGGGAGCUGCUGCAGCAGCUGAAUGUCAGCACCCGCACCACCGACUUGAGCCCCGUCUUCCAGGCCUACAUUGCCCAACUGAAGAAACAUUUCGAUUCGCUCAAUGCAGAGAGAACAUCACAAGAUUCAGAGUUGAGCAACAUGCAGGAUCUUGUGGAAGAGUUUAAGAAAAAGUAUGAGGAUGAAAUCAAUAAGCGCACAUGCUCUGAGAAUGACUUUGUGACUCUCAAAAAGGAUGUGGACAAUGCCUACAUGAAUAAAGUGGAACUUCAGUCCAGGGUAGAUCUGCUGCGCCAGGAGCUUGAGUUCCUGAAGGUUCUUUAUGAUACGGAGUUGUCCCAGAUGCAACAGUGUGUCACGGAUACCAAUGUCAUCCUGUCCAUGGACAACAACCGCAACCUGGACCUGGACAGCAUCAUCGCUGAGGUUCAGGCCCAAUAUGAGGAGAUUGCACAGAGGAGCAAGACGGAGACUGAAGAACUGUACCACAGCAAGUAUGAAGAGUUGCAGGUGACAGCGGUGAAACACGGAGACAGCCUGAAAGAGAUCAAGAUGGAAAUCAGUGAACUGAACCGCAUGAUCCAGAGACUGCAAGGGGAAAUUGCCCAUGUGAAGAAGCAGUGCAAGGGUGUGCAGGACUCCAUCGCUGAAGCUGAGCAGAAGGGAGAACACGCCAUCAAAGAUGCCAAGAACAAGCUCACAGAUCUGGAGGGUGCCAUGCAGCAAGCCAGAGAGAAUCUGGCCCGGCUGCUACGUGACUACCAGGAGCUCAUGAGCACCAAGUUGUGCCUGGACAUGGAGAUUGCCACCUAUCGCAAACUGCUGGAGGGCGAGGAGUGCAGGAUGUCUGGAGAUCUAGGCAACAACGUGAGCAUAUCUGUGACAAGCAGCACUGUGUCUUCAAGCGUGGCGUCCCAGUCCGGCUUUGGCAGCCAUGGUUCCGGAGGUAGAGGCGGUUCUGGAGGCGGUGGCGGAGGUUUCAGCUCUGGCAGCAGCAGAGGGUCCGGCUCCAGAGGUGGUGGUGGAGGAAGCUAUGGCUCCAGCUCUGGAGGAGGCUAUGGCUCAGGCAGUGGCUCUAGAGGCGGCUCUGGCUCUGGCGGUGGCUCCAGGGGAGGCUCUGGCUCUGGAGGAGGAUACUCUGGAGGCUCUGGAGGUGGCUCUAGAGGAGGUUCUGGAGGGGGCUAUGGCUCAGGAGGAAGUUCUAGAGGAGGCUCUGGAAAGGGAGGUUCUAGCUCAGUAAAAUCUGGCUCUGAAGCCUAUAGCUCUAGCGUGACCUUCUCCUUCAGAUAA